AUGUCCGUCCCUACAGCUCAUACAGUGCCACCGAGCUCGAGAGUGAUCAAGAUUUAUUACAGAGGAGACAAGGAGAUCCCUCAAGGGGAAUCUUUCACCUUGAAGUACACCGAAUGGUGUCUGGACGAGGCCUCAGGUGUCUGUGUAUGUUUCCUGUCUAACCCUAAGAAGUUGAACCCAUUCACAUUCAAUAUGCUCUGGGAAGUCCUUUUCUGUAUUGAACACGCUGAGCGAGACCCCAGAGUGAAGGUCCUCAUCUGGGCGGGUCGCGGUCGUUGCUUCUCUGGUGGGGCUGACUUCACGUCUCUCUUCGCUAUCGAUGUCCAUCCCGAGAUCAUCGCUGGCUACACUCGGGUCGGCAAAGGUAUGGCCCGAGAGAUGGACGUGGCCUUGCAGGGGAUAACACAACGCAUGUUAGCCUUCAAGAAACUAUCUAUCUCGGCAGUCCAUGGGCCGUGUAUUGGUGGAGGGGCCAACUUCUCACUAUUGCUGCACGACUUCGUAUUCGUGGCGAAGAGCGCUAAGUUCCGAUACCCCUUUGCCGAGCUGGGCAUCCCAGCAGAAGUAGGCUCGUCCUUCCUAUUGCCCUACACUGUGGGUCUACAGCGAGCUAAGGAGCUCCUCAUGCUAGGGGAGUUCUUUGGUGCAGACAAGGCACUUCAGUUGGGACUGGCACAUGAAGUCGUGGAGAAAGAUGAGGAUCUGCUACCGACUGCCAUUGCUUUCGCUGCUACUAAGUUGGCCCAUAGAAAGUAUAUGGACUCUUAUGCUUACACCAAGGCUCUGGUGAACGGCAAUCUACUCGCUAUUAUGAAGGCUCACAGAUCCCUUGAUAAGGAGAACGAAGCCUUUGAUGUCGCACUGAAGUCGGAAGGGUUCAUGGCUGCAAUGGCGGCCUUCAAAGCUAAAUUUGGGGGGAAGAAAAAGAUGCAGUCUAAGCUGUGA